CCCAACAGCCGCUGCUCCCACUCUUACUGCAUCCCCUGCCUGAGGGCCAUGUUCAUUGGUGCCGCCAAGGACCUCUUCCGCAUGCCUCCUAGGUGCUGCCACCAUCUUAUCCAGUUCCACUUCGCUAGACGCCAUCUGACUGCAUCCGAGGCCGACGAGUUCAAGGCCAGGUAUGACGAAUGGAACACACCACACCCCUUUUACUGCCCCGUGGCAGCCUGCUCUGCCUUCAUUCCCAGAAGGCUACUGGAGAAAGCGCGAAAGCCGGGCCAGUCGUCUGCUGUUGUGCAGUGCCCAAAGUGCGCUGUGAGCAUCUGUACACAAUGCCGGGCCGUUGCCCAUCCCGGCACACCCUGCCAGCUACGACAUGGGCUCGAUUCCGAAACCGAAAACUCCCUCAAGGCCACGGGCUACAAGCGGUGUCCGAAAUGCAGCAAUGGCGUCCAGAGAGCGCAUGGUUGUUAUGUGAUUAGUUGCCAGUGUGGUGCUCAGUGGUGCUGGAUCUGCGGACUAACGCGUCCUGAAUGCCGCGGCCAUAGGGUGGAAACAUUGGAAGACAACGAUCCGGAG